GUCGAACUCAUACCGCUUACAUACCAGAUAUACCAGCUUCCGAGAUUGGACCAUCCACUCUUUAAUUGGAACGUUCCACGUUCUUCACCACAGUCUUCACUCCUAGAAGACUCUCUAUUCAGGCGUACUUGACGAAGAGACCCUCUACAGCGGUUCUUUCGUCUAGGGUACCCUCGAACCUUUUAUCGCUGCAUGAGCUUGCUCCAUGUUUAUCUUCACCUACGAAACCUGCAGGCCUUCAGGCGUCUGCUCUCUGGCAUCUCUAGUGAUGACCAGCCGAUAUCGGUAUCUUCAAGUCCCAGCAGGUCUCUGAAGGCUCGAUCCUCUGGUUUGAAUCCCGAGCGCGAACCGUUGGAUGUGAACGCCCGGGAUAGUUUUGGCAGGACUGUGCUGCAUCUCGUCAGCGCUUCGACGGAGGCUUCAAGUGUAGAGUAUAUUCGACUGCUGUUGAAGUGCCCUGGGAUCAAUGUCAAUGCUUUGGAUGGGGAGAGUCAAUGGACUCCUUUACAUCGGGCGAUGUAUGUUGGCAAUCUAGCAGUCGUUUUACUGUUACUUCAACAUCCAACGACCGACCCAUCUAUCAAAGAUCUAGAGGGCUUUACUGCGUUCGAUCUGUACAAUUCUACUAUCGAAGGAACGCAACCUGAUGCCAGUGCACUAUCAUACAACGGCACAGGUGGGGAACUCUUCACUUGGGGUGUGAAUAGAAAUGCGCUACUCGCCCAUGGUGAUUCAUCGAACCGUGCAUUCCCCGAUCAAGUCUAUCCUCCCAAAGCAGAGAUCGCACAAGAUGGCCUUGAUGUAGAAACAAGGUUCGCGCGGGCUAAAUCAAUGCAGGUCAAGAUGGGAAAGCUACACACAGCUGUCAUCUCUGCUUCUCCAUCGGGUAAUUCAACCUCGACCAAUACUCUUUCCUUGUGUGGUUUUGGAUCUGGAGGUCGACUGGGCAAUACGCAGCACACCCAAUACACGCUGAAACCCGUAUUCAUUCCUUCGACCGCUCCUGCUUCAUCUCAAUUUCCACCUCGAAUGGGUUCUGCCCGUGAACGAAGCAAGUUCUCGACGGUUUCCCAGAACUAUGGGACAUCCACCGCCGGGCGAUCAAAAGUCAUUUCUGUUGCGCUUGGUCAGGAUCACACACUUGCACUAACGGAUAAUGGGGAGGUAUUUUCCUGGGGGUUGAAUCGAUUUGCACAAUUGGGUUAUGCAGUCGAAUCUGGCGAGGGUGAUUUGGAUUCCUUGGCGACCACAAUGAGUGGAACGGGGGAACAAAUCCAGCUGAGUCCUCGUCGGGUAUACGGUUCGCUGAAGAAGGAAUUUGUAAUUGGCGUUGCGGCGUGCAAAGGAGCUAGUGCGUGUUGGGUUAGAUGGGACGGUAGCAGCGAAAGUAAUGUCUAUACGUGGGGCUUGAACGGUGGCCAAUUAGGAUAUGAUAGAGUCGGCAGUGGUUCUCAAAUUCAAGUAUUUCCACGCAAAGUUACCAAGAUCACGAAGCCGGUCACUCAAAUCGCGAUGAUGGAAAGUGCUAUGGCAUGUCUGCUCGGUGGAAGCUCAGGUGCAGGCGAUGUCCUCGUCGUUUGGGGAGACCGGGUUGCACGCAUAAACUUUCCAACGCAUACAUUCCCAUCCCCGAUGAUGGCAUACCGGCCCCCCCAAGCAAUGCGAUCUACGCGUAUAACCAAGAUUGUGUGUUCGGAUGAUACUCCACCCUCUUUCUCAGCGUCUACUCUAACCUCAUCUGGUGCACACACAUCUAAUGCCGCGUCGUCAUCCAGUCCUUCGGCGACAGGUUUAUCGUCCUUGAUGCAGUCCGAAGGUGUCAACAACCCCCCUACCGUCAAUUUCGCAUGUGUUUCCGAGGGUGGUGAAGUGUUCGUCUUUGGUGCGCCCGGUAUUCCACCCAUCGGUAUCUUUGCGCCAAGUGCUAGCUCAAGGUCCGACAUGUUGGACUCUGAUGCCGGGGGUGGCGGAUCAUUGGUCAUGACCAAACUGUUCAGACCUCAAAGGGUAUGGGCUUUAAAGAGAGGCUUAAUCGGCGCAGUGAAGGACGUCGCUAUAGGUAUUGACGGUACUUUGGUAGUCUGCACUGUCUCGGGACAUGUCUACGUCCGUUCAAGGUCUACUAACACUAGCAACGCCUCCAUGAACUCUGUUACAUCCGCCUUGAAUGGCCCAUCCGUCUCCCCCUCAGACCAAUCCACCCUAGGUAGCUUAAUCAGAGCUCCGAAGAUAAGUGGUGGUACCAGCGGGGGAAAGUCGAACAAGUUUAGCAGGGUUCCGUUCUUGCAGCGCGUCGUUAGCGUGUGUGCGAGUAGCACGGGUGCAUUUGGCGCUAUCAGAGUCGAUGCUACUGUUCCGAAUAUCAUACAUCCACGCCUGAACACCCAGUUGAAGGAUAUGGACAAGAAGGAUGCUCCUCUGAAGGAGACAAGCACUGCUACAGAGGACGAUUCAAAGGGUUGGGAUUUGGCGGAUGAUAUGACAGCGAUGAGACCAUGGAUGUGGAAGAAACCGGUCUUGUCUCCGCUUGACAGGGAACGCAUUGAUCAUCCUGAAGCCUUCAGCUUCUUCUCUACUGAACCUCAAACGGAACCUGAGGCAAUUACUGAACAAUUUGCUACUGAACGUGCAAAGAGUACACCUCUCGAUGUUGAGCGGAAUGAAGAACGAGGUGACGAGGGUGAUGUAGAUGAAGAUAAAGAGGUCAACAGAGACGUGGCUUCCUUAAUCCGUCUGUGGUCUCUCCUGGCCGACCUUGCCGAUAAAAGAUGCGAGAUCCAUGGCUAUUUUGGCGAAGUGUUACCGUACGGAGCGGAUGUCAUGGUGUCUAUCUCCUUGGCCAAACCUCUCCGAGCGAAGAAAGGGAAAAACAAAUCUGCUGUCAUCCGGGAAUUUAUACAGCUACCUGCUCAUAGGCCAUUACUUGCCGCCCGAUCCAAAGCUCUAUGCACCAUCCUUUCCUCUCCAACGUCAAGAAACGAUGUAGGCCAUUCCGUACGGACUGUAUCGUCUCCGUCAGCCUAUAUGACUGAACGUGGCGUUAGCUCUCGGGUCCUGGAAUUUACUGGUUUCCAUCCUUUGACUGUCCUUGUGCUCUUAGAGUACCUAUACACAGAUAAUUUGAUUUGCACCUGGGAUCCACGAAUCUCAUCCGCAGGAUUUGUCAUCACUCAAAAGGGUGGCAAGGUCCCCUCUGGGAUCCUAACAGAGCUCAAUGUAAAUCCAUCACUCGGCCUUCAGAUCAAAGCAGAACUUCAAGUCCUCAGUCAACUGCUUGAGCUACCAGAGAUGUCCCGGGCUAUGGAGAGUGUUGUUAAACGAUGGGUCGUACCUACCUUGAAGAGGGAUUUGGCCCGUGUCUAUCGUGAGGCACAAAAUGGACCCAUACAGGACAUCACCAAGCCAGACGUAGCCUUUCUCCUAGCUGAUAAGGAGGUGUUCUUACAUUCGACUGUGUUGCGUGCGAGAUCGGAGCUUUUCGAUACGUUCCUCGGAGAGAGCAUGUGGACGAAAGACAGAUGGGGUACGGACAGAUGCCUGAAAGUCGACCUCAAGCAUGUAAGGUGCGCAGUGAUGGACUAUGUCUUGAGCUGGAUGUGUUGUGGUGAAACUGAGAACCUAUUUGGGUCAUUGAGCCUCGCGAGUUCGAUAGACGACGCGUUGGAGUUUCUGUUCGACGUCAUCGCCGUCGCAAAUGAACUUUUGCUCUCCCCGCUCAUUCUUCUCACAUCACAAAGGAUUCUCACGUUCCUCCAUACCUCGAAUGCAUGUUACAUUCUCUCGGAAGCGACCCAUUACAAUGUUCAGUCGCUCAUUGCAUCAGUUCAAGGAUACAUCGCCGCCGACCUUGAGACUUUCUUGGAAAAUCGAAUGCUAGAGGCCCUCGCACCAUCGGUUGUUAAGCAACUCUCAUUCUUUGUUCGAGCAAAGCAGGAGGAAAAAUCACAGUUUGUUAGAGGGGGUACUUAUGCUACCGGUCUUAUGGAAAAAUGGAAGGAUUGGCCGAGUGAAGAGGAUCUACCCUCUGCCAUAGUGCCGAGUGUCGUAUCUCAGAAAAAACUACGGGAGAGGAAGAUUCCCCAAACCGUUAGGCUCUCGCCACCUUCGCCUUCAAUCUUACCGUCGAUUAGCGAGACGCAGAGAGCUUCUACGGUCCCCGACCGAAGCCCGUUAUUCAAUGCUCAUUCACCCAAUCAGCAACCUUCCGGUGGGGAUGAUCUGUUUGAUAUGGAUGGUUUGGAUAUCGGACCACCAUCAAUACCAACAACUGUCAGUGCACUCAAAGCUUCUGGUCCUGUACCCGCUUGGAAAGCAUCCUCUGUUCCUCGCGUCGACAUGCGAGCUCUCCUCAUGCAAGAAGCAAAUGCUUCACAGUCGCAACGCUCCACUCAUCAAGCUCGUGCCACCCCCGGCCAAAUUCCAGGAGAGCCUCCUUCAAGCUCUUCCAAACGUGUUCCCGGUCCUCUUCAACGACAAGUCUCCACUGAUUCAUUCAUUGGUAGCUCCUCGAGCGCUUCGCGGACUGGAGGCUCUCCGUGGGCAGUGACCGCGACUUCCGUUCGACCACCUUUGACUUCCAUCGGACCUCCUACCAAUACAUAUUCUGCGAGCAUGCCUGGUGGCAGGAGUGUUCCAUCUUCAAAUACAAUCCCCGCUACUCCUACUACUCCUCCUCGUCCAUCACAGCCACAACCUGCUACUCCACCUCGACCUUCACCCUCAACGCAGCCGAGUCUAGGACCGGUCUUCACACCUGCCAAGGUUGUGUCACCCAAACAGCCCACCCCUACGAUAGUUCGUCGUACAUCGUCGAGUAAUACCAAAGCCUGGGUGUCCGCCCCCACAUCCCAGCCUGCUACAGUCACAUCUGGAAUGUCGUUUAUCGCUAUCCAGCAGCUUGAGCUUGAGCUUGAGCAAGGCGUCGCAAGCCAGAAAGAAAAACGAUCACUUGCGGACAUUCAGAGAGAAGAGCAGGAAAAGAGGCAGGAGGAGGACUUCUUAAAAUGGUGGGAAGCUGAAAAGGAACGAGUACGAUUGGAAACGGAGGAGUUGUGGUUGGCUGAGGAACGCUCUAAGGAAAUGGCUAAGAACAGAGGGAAGAAACUUAAGAGAAAACCUAAAGGGAAACCUGGAAACACCGGGACCAAGGAGAGUGGCGCGGUACAACCGAAUACCUCUAGUCAGGCGAAGGGAAGAGGAAGAGCUUAAACACGAUGGUUUAAAGGACUUGAUACUGUUCCGUAUAGUUAUUCCUACUUAAGGCCCAUAAUUUCAUUAUCUCGACCUGUACAAUAAUACUGUAGAUUGUAGUAGGAAUAGCAUUUUCAAUAAUAUGUUCACACACGCGAA